AGAGAGGCGUCGCCAGUGCGGCUGAGGUAGGCUCGGCUGGCGGCCGCGGCGAGUUACAUCGUUUUCCAAACUGUCCGCGUCCGCCGCCGCCCAGGACAGAAACAGAAUGUUCAGGAUGCUGAGCAGCAGCUUUGAGGAUGAUCCUUUCUUCUCUGAUUCUUUUCUUGCACACCGAGAAAGUAUGCAACAGAUGAUGAGAAGUUUUUCUGAACCUUUCGGAAGAGACUUGCUCAGUAUCUCUGAUGGUAGAGGGAGAGCUCGUAAUCAUACAAGACAUAAUGAUGAUGAAGAUUCCUUGACUCGUACAGAUGUCAACCCUUUUCAGGCAAUGGAUCGAAUGAUGUUAAAUAUGAGAAACAGUAUGCAGGAAUUACAAAGAAACUUUGGUCACCUUUCAGUGGAUCCAAAUGGACAUUCAUUUUGUUCUUCCUCAGUUAUGACUUAUUCCAAAGUGGGAAAUGAACCACCAAAGGUUUUCCAGGCCUCAACUCAAACCCGUAGAGCUCCAGGAGGAAUAAAGGAAACCAGGAAAGCAAUGAGAGAUUCUGACAGUGGACUAGAAAAAAUGGCCGUUGGUCAUCAUAUCCAUGACCGAGCUCAUGUCAUUAAAAAGUCAAAGAACAACAAAACUGGAGAUGAAGAGGUCAAUCAAGAGUUUGUCAAUAUGAAUGAAAGUGAUGCUCAUGCUUUUGAUGAUGAGUGGCAAAAUGAGAUUUUGAAGUACAAACCAGGAGGACGAUGGCACAAUCUAGAAAACACUAGAAUGCGGAGUGUUGGUCAUGAGAAUUCAGGAUCCCGAGAACUUAAAAGAAGGGAGAAACUUCACCGAAGUCCAGCCAUUGACAGUGGAAGAAGAUCAAACGCUUUUGUGGACAAACUCAACAUCAAAGGCUCACCUGUGAAAAUCAACAAAAAAUAAAUAGCCAUGCAUGUGAUUUGUUUAGUUUUGGUUGUUUCAACAGAGAAAGUAAUGGUGCUGGGUACUACACAUAAGACCAAUCUCUUGUUAAAUCAAUACUGUACUUUGUAGCUUUCUUCUGAUAUUUGAAAGUUCAUGGAAGUAUGCUAACUUUAUAUUAUCCCUACUUUAGGAAUAAAACCUUGAUUUUCAA